ACUGCCAACCACUGCUUCAUCGCUGCUGCAAACCACAUCAGACGAGGCGAAGCAGAUGUCAUGAUGGCCAGUGCAUCGGAUUCCGGAGUCACUCCAGCAGGAAUCGGAGGCUGCGUAGCCUGCAGUGCCUUGUCUAUGAGAAAUGAGCAACCACACAAGGCGUCAAGGCCAUGGGACAUACACUGCGAUGGUUUUAUCAUGGGAGAAGGUGCUGGAAUCUUGAUAAUGGAGAGCAUGGAGCACGCGAUGAAAAGAGGGGCGAGGGUUUAUGUAGAGUAUUUGGGAGGUGCAGCUACCUGUGAUGCUCAUCACAUCACGGAUCCACACCCGGAUGGGCUCGGCGUUGCGUCUUGCAUGAUCAAGAGCUUGAAAGAUGCAGGAGUGGCUGCUGAAGAGGUUAACUAUGUAAAUGCUCAUGCGACGUCAACCCGUGCUGGGGAUCUGCCUGAGCUUAAAGCUAUCAAGAAAGUCUUCAACAACACCUCUGAGUUGAAGAUAAAUGCCACCAAGGUCAAACUAACAUUUAUAUUUACAUUAAGGCUAUUAAUUAAUAAUAUGGUAAGUACUGCAUUUUUUGUGAAACCUGAAAACACUGCACUUAAGAAAAAUGUAAUUUUCACCUCGAAAUUCAGGCGAUACAUUCAUCCAGCAAGGUGA